AUGGACAAGCAAGUCGCAUAAACAGUCCACGUUUUAAUUUCGCGGCGCCGGAUACUACAUCUUUAGAUUUCAAGAUGCCCAUCGAUCUUUACCAACUAACCGGAAGUCCGCCGUGUCGUGCUGUAGUUUUGACAGCUGCAGCGGUAGGUGUGGAUCUAAACUUGAAACACAUUCAUCUUACGUCCGGUCACCAUUUGACACCUGAUUAUCUUAAGAUGAAUCCACAACAUACCAUACCUACAAUAAAUGACAAUGGUUUUAUUUUGUGGGAAAGCCGCGCGAUAAUGACGUAUCUGGUUAAUAAAUAUGGCAAAGAUGAUUCUCUUUAUCCGAAAGAUCCACAAAAACGAGCUCUAGUUGAUCAACGGCUAUACUUCGACUUAGGAAUUUUGUACCAAUCAUUUAUUGAUACUUAUUUUACAUGGUGGUUUGCCAACAUCACUCCGAAUCAAGCCAAGUAUGAUAAGAUAAACGAAGCGUUGACUUUCUUAGAUAAAUUCUUAGAAGGUGAAAACUACGUAGCGGGAAAAACUUUAACUCUCGCUGACCUUGCUCUGGUUAUCACCGUAUCUAAUUUUACACUUGUUGAUUACGAUUUGAGUAAGUAUAGCAACAUUUUGAAGUGGUUUGCCAGGAUUCAGACCGAAGCUGUUAAAUAUAAGGAGAUCGAAGGCGAGGGCAUGAAAGCCUUUAAAGAGUUCGCCGAUAAUAUGAAAAAUAAGCAUUUUUAAUUUUUUGAUCAAUUUAAUGCUUGCAUAUUGUAUACAUUGAAUGGUGUUUUGAUAUCUACUAAUUUUUAUUGAUUUUGUAUUAUUGAGAAAUGUAAACAAUAUUUUGUUCGUAUAUAAACUGAUCAAUGCAAAAAAUA